CCGCCCUCCGCCGUCCCCCGAGGCGCCGCCAUGGAGGGCUGCGGGGCGGAGGCCGAGCGGCGCUUCAGUCAGUCGCAGAGAUUAAAGGCUGCAGUUCACUACACCGUAGGUUGUCUGUGCCAAGAAGUUGCUGAAGACAAGGGGAUGCACUUCAGCAAACAAGCCGUUGCCGCGAUUUCGGAGAUCACUUUCCGACAGUGUGAAAUUUUUGCCAAAGACCUUGAAAUGUUUGCAAGACAUGCGAAAAGAAGCACCGUUAACACUGAAGAUGUGAAGCUCUUAGCCAGAAGGAGUAACUCACUGCUAAACUAUAUCACAAAGAAAAGUGAAGAACUUGCCUUGAAUAACUUGGAGCAGAAGGAGAAGAAGAAAAAGAAGCCUGGGAAAGGGAGGAAAACUUCAGGGGGGCCAUCAGAGGCCAUGGAAGAGAGUGUGGAUUAAAGCAACAAGGAGAUGAAGGAGUUCUCUCACAGAGAAAAAUGAUUUACAAAUUUGGAGUCUCUCCCCCUGCGGCCUGAGGAUCAGAUACCAAUCAGUCGGGAAAAGGGAGGGCAGCGGAUGGUGUCAUCUGUAACGCUAACACUGGUAAAGAGAACUUCACGGGGCUCAUGGAAGAGACCACAACUGCCAAUAUUAUUUUUACACCACCCUAGCCCUACAUUAACGGAAUACAUCUUCAGAUGCUAAUUCUAAAGGAGGGCCGGAAACGCUCCCGUGACUUUCGCCAUAUAUACCACUUACAGGGUGAGAUUCGUGAACGUCAUGCUUGCAGCUACUUUUAGAAUUAAUAAAAUGUAUUCACUAAA